UCUAUGCGGUAGCAACGGCCAGUAUCUCAAAGAACUUAUAUCAGUUAUCUUAAUCAAACUUAUGUGGUCUUAUAAUACAAGUAGACCUAGUUUACCUCAGCAAUUGCAAAAAAAAACUGGCAAUGGCUACUCAGGACAAGUUAGAGAGUGUCUCAGAAGUAUUCAAAGAAGAGCUGGUACACACUAAAUGUGCAACCAUCAACACAACACCUGUUGCGACUGCAGCUCAGUUGAACCAAGAGUGCUCGAAUGAAGCUCUUCGCCUGUUGUCUACCAAAAUUGUUGGAUACAACAAAUACAAGCACAAGCUGGGCCUAAGUAGUGCUGACAUAGACGAAAUUGAUAAUGAUCCGAGAAGCUUUUACAGUACCCAUAGCAAAUUUCACGCUGCUCUACUGAAGUGGAAGAGUAAAAGUAUUGAUUUAGAUAAUCCAUCAAAUUCAACGGCUACUUACGGUCGAUUAGUAGACAUUGCUAAAGAGGACAAGGACGGAGAGGCAAUUAGAGAAAUUCACAAGGCUUGUGAUAAGCAUACAAGUAACAUUCCUACUGGCUCUCAACACUCCCUAACUGUGCUGACGGCCUCACCAAAAACAGCUAUCGGAAAAUACGCGGAUUACCUGAAAAAUGUGUACCUUCGAUCAAAGCUCCCUCACAAAGGAAAAUGGCCUCCUGCUCCCUGCAAGAAGAUCAUCAAGCUAGCUACCAUUGAAAUUGAAGAUGAUCGCUCACAUUUAGCAUUGUGUAAGCUAAAUAGAUCCGAGUCGAUUGAUGAGUACAUGCAAAACAAUAGCAUGAAUCACAUUUCAAUGGAGGAGCUUUUAAUUGAAAAAGACGACUCACUGCCGAAAGUCGUAAUUGUUCAAGGAGUCCCAGGAAUAGGCAAGUCAACUUUUGCAUGGAAGUUUUGUAGAAAGUGGGCCAAAGGGAAGAUCUAUCAGCAGUAUGAUCUGGUUGUUUUGUUGCGCAUGCGUGAUACAAGAGUGAGAGAAGCAACCAAACUCAGCAAUCUCUUCUUCUCAGAAGAUGCCGACUUUUCGAAUGAAGUAGCGAAAGCAGCCAUUUCUAAUAGUGGAAAAAGUACUCUCAUUUUAAUGGAAGGAAUAGACGAGCUUCCUGCUUCUUGUUUAGCUGAUGGUUGGCCUCUUUCUAACCUGCUUCAAGGUGAAUUCCUUCCCCUAGUUACCAUCAUAGUAACCAGUAGACCCUGGGCUGUGCAGACACUUGAGGAAAAAUGUGGGGUUCAGAUUUCUCGACAGGUGGAAAUCUUGGGCUUCACAAGAGAAGACAUCUUGAGGUACAUUUCACAUGCUUUCACUGAGGAGGAAAAGACAGAGUUCUUAGAGUACCUCCGCUCCCACCCUCAGCUGGAAUCCAUCAUGCACAUCCCACUGAAUGCCGCUUUUGUUGUUCAGAUCUACAAGCAAUUUCAUCGUUCUGAGCAAGCUAUCCCUAGCACGUUGACCCAGCUCUACACAGCUCUUGUUGAGGGUCUCUUGCUUCGCUAUAUCAAGUUAAAUCCCAAUAUCACGCAUUCCCACAUUGUCUAUCUUAGUAACUUGCCAGAACCAAUUAAAUCUUAUUUCCAUCAACUUUGCCUACUAUCUUUCAUGAGCUUCACUAAGCUGACUGUUCAAGUCACAUUCACCGAUUCAGAAGCAGCUUUGUACGAGUGUUUUGAUUUCCUGGGUCUCAUGCAGUCCUCAACUGAACUCUCCAUAAAUAGUGGCACCACUGUAUCCCACAGCUUCCUCCAUUUCACAAUCCAGGAGUUCCUAGCAGCUUACCAUCUCUCAAAACAGCCGUCCCAAAUGCAGGAGCUGUUUUUGGAAGUUCACAGCAAAGAUCCACAAUUUUCAAUGCUCAUUACAUUUCUGGUUGGAUUGAACAGCAGCGUUCUGCAUUGUAUUAAACUGCCUGAGUCAGAAUAUCAAGAUCUGUCCACAUUUCACUUGCACUUGUUGUAUGAAACACAAUCCCCUAAGGACGUAUGCAAGUUCUUAGGAAAUAUGACCGUUGUGGAAUAUUAUCCUGCCCUAACAAGUACAUCACUUGACCUACAUGCAUUAUCGUAUUGCCUUUGCUCCAGUGAGUGUUAUUGGUUUCUAAAAGUAAAUCUGCGAAACUUUACAUCACUCUUUCAAAACCCGGAUGAGUCGUACACGGGGCAGAUAAAAAGACUAGAAAUUAUUGAUGCUUCUCGGAGUAACCUUCAAUUGUUCUUUUCUCUUCCCAAGCGUCUCUUUUCAGACUUGUACAGACUUGUACUUAGAUGUUGUGAACCUGUUGAAUCUGUAGUUGGAGACAUCUUAAGUGACGGACGGUUAAUGAACUUGAAACAAUUUUCUUUUCAGAAUAAGACUCUUCAAGUGUCUUUUGAUUUGAGCUUGAUAAUUGAAAGUCUGUGUACGUCUCAUCCUAAUCUUGUUCACAUAGGAAUAGGAAGGACUGUCAUCUCAUCCUCUGAUAUGGCUGGAUUAUGCAAAUACACCAGUUUACGCUCUCCGUCUGGCUCACCUGAGCUUACAUUGUAUCUUAGACGAAACAUUGAAAUUGAGUCCCUUAAUUUGCUGAUUAGUACUGUUGCAUUUUCAAAGAUUCUUACUCAUUUGGAUAUUUCUCUCAACCAUCUCUCAGUAGAAGAAUUAGAAAUGCUUUCUGUUGCUCUUUCUGCAAAUUCAUGUUUGAAAACUUUAGGUAUGGAUAAUUGUUUAAUCGGUGGUGAAGGAGCUGAAUUGCUAUCCACUGGACUGGAGAAGAAUCGAACUCUCCUUGGAUUGGAUCUUCGCCGAAAUGUCAUCAAUGUGAAUGGAGCUGCUGCCCUGGCUUCAAUGCUUACUGUGAACACUUCAUUGAAAAUGCUUUACCUUUCACACAACGAACACAUUGGUCAUGUUGGAGCUCUAAGACUGAUUAGUGCACUACAAGAUGACAACAAGACUCUUGCAACACUUAGCCUCCCUGCAAAAUGUGAGCCAAUUGAAUACGGAUCGAUCUCGAUGAAUAAAAUACGAAAGAGUGGUCGCAUAGAAUUCAUAAAGGGUUUAGUUUUAAACACAAUAGCACACGAGUUCACAUCAUUAGACAUAUGGCCUUAUAAUUAGUCUUCAGCUAUAGUAAACUAAUGUGCUGCCUGAAAACUUUCUCAUCGUAUACGUAGUUAUAUGAUCUUUGUAUUAUAAUAUUGUUGUUACAAUGUACAGUAUUAUAGACAACUACCAUCUCAUGAUAACUUGUAAACUACGUCACGUACUAUCACAAUGAUGUGAGUUUCACUUUCGACAUGUAGCUAUAUGGGGUGAUUACUAGUCAGUUAGGUUUUGUAGAUACUUGAUGGUUGUCUUCAAGUCAAAGCCAGCUCCACAGAACUGAGGUGCAUUAUUUUGGGCUCUAUACUGGUUUAAAAAUUAAACUGCCGACUGUAUAGAAACAACGUACCAAGUGGUGAUAUGCAUGAUAACAAAACUUGGGAUGCAUGACAGCAUGCACUGAAUAAAUGCAUGCAUGCAGAGACUGAAUAUGGUGCAUGGGGUGGAUUGCU